UGUAGAAGGAACUUGCUAUCCCGUCCGUUUUACUGAAUCCACUAUCUUAUAUUCCCCCAAGCUUGAGUCAGAGUUCGACGUCACUUCAGUUAUAUGUUAAAGUCUCAUUUCAACUGUCCGAUAUCCAGUUCCUGCCGUGAACGCCUACGUCAAGAUGCCUCACGCCGUAGGCAGCACUUCCCAAGCCUCCCAGAAAAUCGAGUCGUUUGCCCAGCACCUAGCCCAAUCGAAGCGGGUUCUGGCAUUGCUUGGUGCUGGUCUCUCGGCAUCCUCUGGCCUCCCAACCUUCCGAGGGGCGGGUGGACUAUGGCGGACCCAUGAAGCCACCCAGCUAGCUACUCCCGAAGCCUUCGAGGCCGAUCCAGGUCUGGUGUGGCAGUUCUAUUCGUACAGGCGACACAUGUCACUCGGAGCCCGGCCGAAUCGCGCGCACUACGCGCUGGCCGAGUAUGCGAAGCGGAAUCCGGAGUUCAUCACCCUCAGCCAGAACGUCGACGGCCUCUCCCAACGCGCCGGCCACCCCUCCGAGUCCCUCCAUCUCCUCCACGGCAACCUCUUCACCGUCAAGUGCACCUCCUUCUACUGCGGCUACACCGCCGACGACACCACCGACCCCAUCGUGCCCGCCCUCGCCAUCCCCACCUCCGGCGACGACCCCACUACCACCUCCGCCCUCCACGCCCGCGACCUCGAUAUCGCCGACGCCGCCAUCGCCCUCCCCGAAGUGCCGCUGCAGGCCCUCCCCCACUGUCCCAAGUGCAAGGACGGCAUGUUGCGCCCGGGUGUUGUGUGGUUUGGCGAGCGGCUGCCGGAGAAGGCGCUGCAGUCGAUCGAGCAGUUCGUCGCGGACCCAAGGCCGAUUGAUUUGAUUAUGGUGGUGGGGACGUCGGCGCGGGUGUUCCCAGCGGCGUCGUAUGUGGAUAUCGCGCGGACGAAGGGAGCGAGGGUGGCGGUGUUUAAUACGGAUGCGAAUGAUGCGCCGGGCAGUGGGAUCACGGAGGAUGAUUGGUUCUUUUGUGGGGAUGCGGCGCAGUACCUACCGGAGCUGCUGAAAGGGGUAAUUGGAGAUUUGCCUGAAACUAAUUGAGCAAUGCCUCAUGUAUGACUGAUCACGGCCUUGGAAUAGAUGCCCGGGAAACGGCACUGGGGGUCGGCGUUUGAUCGUAUACUCUCGAUUUCCUGAUGUUUCAUGAUAUCAAAAGCCAUUAAUUAAUGAACUAUCUCUUCAGUCGUCAAUUCUUUUAAUUCAACAAGUCCACCACCCCAUAGGCACAUAAAAUAAUUCAGCUUCUCUUCGGGCUUCCAAACCCAAG